UGUACCGUGAAACUAAGCGCAUAUAAACGCUUACAGUGCUCUAGUUUAAAACACAGUGCCCAUACAGCGAACGGCGUGAAGACUACGUCACGAUGGUACCACAUUACCUCCUAAUUUUGACCUUGGCAGUCGCUGCCAGCGCCAGGACGGCGUCAACAAACAAAAAUACCCUGGAUGAAGCCAGGAGUACAGAGGACAGUGUUCUAGGCGAUCUGAAAAUCGCAUACGAAACAUACAGGGAUUGUAGUGGUGGCGACCUCUCUAGCUGUCUUAAGAGAAAACUGGCGAAAGCUAUUACGAGGAUAUCGAAAAGUGAUGAGGUGUCAGUCCUUAGUGGAGUCACGAUAACCAAAGAUAAGGAUGCGAAGGUCAACGACGUUGAGGUCGAGGAGGCGAUCCCUAGAGGUCUUGACGAGAGCUCUCUGGACAACCUUAUCUUGGACAAGAUCGUUGGAUUCAUGCAGACUCACACAAUCCAGGUCAAAUUCCCCACCGGCGCUGACCUGCAGUCCGCCGAGGGUCGCAGCAGGAGGAAGAAGCUCGCCCCUCUCCUGGCUAUCCCUCUCCUAAUCGGUGGUAUGCUGGUACCCCUGGCCUUUGGAGCCCUGGCUCUCUUAGCGGGCAAGGCCUUGAUCGUGUCUAAGCUGGCGCUGGUGCUGGCUGGUAUCAUUGGGCUAAAGAAACUCCUGUCGCCGAGCGGUGGUGGAGAGGCCCAUGAGGUGGUGGUUUCGUCUGCUGGGCACGGAGGCUCGGGAUGGAGCAGGUCGCUGGAGAACGCCCAAGACUUAGCGUACAACGCGUACUCCCAAUAGUCUGAACCCACCAAACAAUUCAUUAUGCUAUAAGGAACAACCGUAACGUUUUUCCUACUACAUAAUUAUUAGCACUUACUGUAUAAUACAGUGAAAACCCACUGAGUUUGGUAAGACCCAAACGGAGUUAAUCAAUGUUCGACAAACUGAAAAUUGGUAACUACAGAGACGGAUUUACACGACACGAUUUUUGUCCACGACUGAUGUAAAGUCCAUGUUGGUAGCUUGGUUGUUUUUGUUAUAUUUUGGAAAAAAUAGGUCUACGUGCUUAUAUAAAAAGCACCAAGCUUUGUCAAUGUGUUCGCGGCUAGCUACGCAACAUGGAUCUGUGUAGAAAAUUAAGUUUUUAAUUUUACGCAGGGGUCGCAGCAAAUGUUUGAUCACAGAUUAAAAAACUUGGCCUUGCAUUUAGUGCUGGCUGGUGACUGAAAUCGGUGCGUGUAAAUCCUGCUCGAUUGAAGAGUGACGUCUUUGUUAGAUAAAAUCGUGACAUAACAGCUUGUGAAAAACGUGGUCAGUAUUAUCGUGUGAGUGGUAAGGACGAUUUAUAUGUUGCGUUUUUUUCUAAUGCGGAUUACUACGACAUAAUGGCAUGCAUGAAUGGAUUUUGAGACGUAAAAUAACAUUGAAUGAGUUAGAGAAUACUAUUCGGUUUCUCUUAGCAUCGACGAUGUUGAAAUACCUCGUACUCUUCUGGAAAAGGUUAUAAUUAUGCACUGUAAAUUAUUUAACCUACUUAUUUAUUUAUCAUAGUUAGACCAACAGUAAAACGUAAGUGUAUUUUUAAUUUUAACAUAUAUUUAUGUACAAUGUGAAUGAGCCUUUGGAUGUUGCUUUAAUAAAUAUGUACGUAUUUAUUUUGCCGAUUAUAUUGAUUUAUAGAUUUAUUUAUCCAUUUUGAGUUAUUUUUUAUUUUAUAUACGUAAAUGGUGUGUACAAA